AUGUUAGAUACAAUUUUGCAGAACCAUUUGAAGUACGAUCAAGUCAGACGCGACCUGCUAUUGCUCAAGAACCAGAUCCCCUUCUUCGUUCUUGAAGAAUUGUUCAGGCUAACAGUGGAACCUAUCCAGGUAAGUAGUACUACUAUAAGGCGCGGCCCAGUCUCCCUCCGUAGAUGUGUCCUUUCAUUGUUUGGAGAUACGAUGGCACUAAAAAAUAUUGUUGGUGAAAUAGAAAACCUAGAAAACAAUUCCCCUUUUCACAUACUCCAUUUUUUUACACAUUUCCCACCAAUCUCCUUUGCAGAAGUCAUCGAUAUUGUGCAACACAAAGAGAAACCUACAUUCAAAUACAGUGCAACAAAAUUCCCGAGUGUAGGAGUCAUGUUUAGGCCACGUAUUAGAAGAGAAAGCCUAUUUGAUUUUAUAUUUAGCACGGAUCGUCGUUGCUUUUGUUUGUGGAGAAGAGCUCAUUUUAAAAUCCCAUGUUUCUCUAUCAAUGAAUCUAUUGAAUUAUUAUUGAGAAACUUCAUUGUAUUCGAGUAUUGUUAUCCCAGUAUUGACAACUACUUCACAUCACAUGCUGUCACCAUAAGCAUCCUCUUGGACUCUGCAGAAGAUGUUGAAUUGCUUGAAGAAGACGGAGUCAUAAGUAACAAAUUGGGUUUUAGUGAAGCGGUGUAA